UUAUAAUGUCUUUCGCUCUUGCCACCUCGCGUAAGGCGCUGUCGGUCGCGUGCAAGGCGACCGGCAAGAAGGCCGCUGCCAAGCCGGCUGCUCCCAAGAGCUCUGGUAUCGAGUGGUACGGGCCGAACCGUGCUAAGUGGCUUGGCCCUUACAGUGAGAAUGCCACCCCUGCCUACCUAACUGGCGAGUUCCCCGGCGACUACGGUUGGGACACUGCCGGCCUGUCUGCUGACCCGGAGACGUUCAAGCGCUACCGCGAGCUGGAGCUGAUCCAUGCGCGCUGGGCCAUGCUUGGCGCUCUGGGCUGCCUGACCCCCGAGCUGCUGUCCAAGAACGGCGUGCAGUUCGGUGAGGCUGUCUGGUUCAAGGCCGGCGCUCAGAUCUUCCAGGAGGGCGGCCUGGACUACCUGGGCAACCCGUCGCUGGUGCACGCCCAGAACAUCGUCGCGACGCUGGCAUGCCAGGUGAUCCUGAUGGGCCUGGUGGAGGGCUACCGUGUGAACGGCGGCCCGGCCGGCGAGGGCCUGGACCCGCUGUACCCCGGCGAGUCGUUCGACCCCCUGGGCCUGGCUGACGACCCGGACACCUUCGCCGAGCUCAAGGUCAAGGAGAUCAAGAACGGCCGCCUGGCCAUGUUCUCCAUGUUCGGCUUCUUCGUGCAGGCCAUUGUGACCGGCAAGGGGCCCAUUGAGAACCUGAACGACCAUCUGGCCAACCCGGCCGUCAACAACGCCUUCGCCUUCGCCACCAAGUUCACGCCCAGUGCCUAAAUGCGUUUGCCCGAUUGUGUAGCGGUGGUGGUAGUGGUGCUGUUGUUGCUUGAAUACACGAGUCAGGGUUAGCUGUCAUGUGUAUGCGUAUGUGUAAAUGCGUUAGAAUGUUGAAUGUUGCCUGAUUGUGAGCAUGAGUCCGUCCUAAGAGUAUUGACUAAGGGUUUUUUGCCAUCAAGGGAGGGGUAAAGAUCGGCGGAGUACAGGGCCGAGAUGAUUAUUCUGGAUCUGACAAUGGUCCCGGUUUCGAGGGCAGUUGUUGGUGAUGGUAAGCUGCUCUGGUGGGAGAUACUCGCUUGUUGUCAGGCUGCUCAACCGCUUUUGCUGGUUGUGGGCGUAGACCUUCGGCUUCCCACCAUCCGGUGCUUGUAAAUGCGCACUCGC